UUCUGGAUUUAAAUACUGCAGUUACUGCAAAAGGAUGGCCUCGCCUCAAUCUGGGACCCCACCUACUGCAGGGCAGGAUAGUCCACCUCUAGAAAAUGAACCCAACAAAGAAAGCAAGGACGCAACUGUCAAACCAACAAGAAGAAGAGGCAAAGGGAAGCCGGCUAAAUCUCAGCACCCAUUUAAAUGUUUGACCUGCCAAGAAACGUUUUUGAGCCCCUCAGCUUUACAGGGCCACAAGCUUUCAGCUCACAGAAAGGAGAAGCAGCAGCCUUAUACCUGCGCUCAGUGCAGCAAGACCUUCUCCAGCCGGGCACAGCUAUCUAAGCAUCAGCGCACACAUACUGUGCAGCGUCCAUUUCAGUGCUCUCAGUGCCAUAAAGCGUACAAGACCCAGACGGAGUUGCGCAACCACAGCCGCUCCCACACCGGAGAAAAACCCUUUGUAUGUACUGAAUGCGGCAAGGCAUUUAUGCAGGCCAUCUGCCUGCGCAUUCACAUGACACAACACAGUGGCGAAAGGCCUUAUUCUUGUGCGCAGUGUGCCAAGAGCUAUCCUACACUUUCCAAGCUAAAAGUUCACCAGCGCUCUCACACUGGGGAGAAGCCGUACUUCUGUGUAGAAUGCGGGAAGAGUUUUGCUGACCCCUCUGUAUACCGCAAACACCGGCGUAAUCACCAGGGUCACCGGCCAUAUUCCUGCGAACAGUGUGGAAAGACAUACACAGAGCUUAAAGAUCUGAAGAACCAUGAACGUUCUCAUACAGGAGAGAAGCCCUACCUUUGCUCAGACUGUGGCAAGGCCUUCUCCAGAUCCUCCUCCUUAGCCUGUCAUUUGCGCAUUCACUCAGAAAGCAAGCCCUACCAGUGUGAGCAAUGUGGCAAAGGCUUCACCCAACUCUCCUCCUACCAGUCCCACCUCCGCACACACUCUGGAGAGAAGCCUUUUCUCUGUCCACAGUGUGGUAAGAUGUUCUCAGAUCCGUCAAGCUUCCGCCGCCACCAGAGGGCACACCAGGGUUUCAAGCCUUACCCCUGUGACAAGUGUCCCAAGAGAUUUCGGCAGCCGGCUGACCUAGCCGUCCACCAGCGUGUGCACUCGGGCCAGAGGCCAUACAAAUGCCAAAACUGCGAUAAGGCCUUUGUUGCGUCCUGGGAUCUGCGGCGACACAUGCUGGUGCACACUGGCUUGCGGCCUUUCUCUUGCACCGAGUGUGGGAAGUCAUUCGCCGAGCGCUCCAGUCUCAACAAGCACAAGAGGGUUCAUUCUGGAGAGCGACCUUUCAGGUGCCAGUUGUGCUCUAAGUCAUUUGUCAUGGCAUCCAGCCUGCGCAAGCACGAGAGGACCCACUUGGACCGACCCGUCCCGCAGGAGUUGGUUCCUGAUUCUGGGCAGGCGUUUUCACAAAACGCAACCCCACAGUUCUCAUGCACUCACUGCGAUAUGAUGUUCGGGACAUGGGAGGAGGUGCAGGCCCAUUCCAGCCUGCACAACGUCUCACCUCCAUCAGAGUCCACAGCUUCCAACAGAGGUCCUUUUGUUUGUGAGACUUGCCAGGCUAAAUUCAGUCAGUUAUCUGAUCUCCAAGCGCAUGAGAAGAUGCACCCCCAGCCCCGACCACAUGUUUGUGAUAGCUGCGGUAAAGGUUUUCUGAACAAGGCCGGAUUACGCAAGCAUCAGCGCAUCCACUCUGACAGUCGGCCACAUUGCUGUGCUGUCUGCGGCAAGACUUUCCUUUUUGCCGCUUACCUCCGCAAACACUUGCGCACGCACCGUGAUGGCGAGUCCUUAUCACCGCUGCCACAGACAGACAUAGCAAACGCACAGCAAGUUCCAUCCCCACCGAGCGCAGCCUCUCCGGUAGAUUCAGAUCCCCCCACAAUUUCAGUAAGUGUACCUGUUGGUGUACCAGUCUCUGUGUUCCAGGCAGUGUCAGAUAUAUCCAGGCAUGUGUAUAUAAAUAAAAGCGAGAACCUUUAA